GCCGCGGCCCACUGCGCCGUCCCCGCCCUCGCCCCGCCAGCCGCUCUCGGGUCCCCAGCCCGCGUCCCCCGGGUCCCAGCCAUGACGCUGAGCGAACCCAUCCUGCCGUCCUUCUCCACCUUCGCCAGCCCGUGCCGCGAGCGCGGCCUCCAGGAGCGCUGGCAGCGCCCCGAGCCCGAGGCCGGCGGUGCCGACGACGACCUCAACAGCGUGCUGGACUUCAUCCUGUCCAUGGGGCUGGACGGCCUGGGCGCUGAGGCCGCCCCGGAGCCGCCGCCGCCGCCGCCCCCGCCGCCUGCGUUCUACUACCCCGAGCCCGGCGCGCCGCCGCCCUACGGCACCCCGACGGGCGGCCUGGUGUCGGAGCUGCUGCGGCCGGAGCUGGACGCGCCCCCGGGGCCCGCGCUGCACGGCCGCUUCCUACUCGCGCCGCCAGGCCGGCUGGUCAAGGCCGAGCCCCCCGAGGUGGACGGCGGCGGCGGCUACGGCUGCGCGCCCGCCCUGACCCGCGGGCCACGGGGCCUCAAGCGCGAGGGCGCCCCGGGCCCGGCAGCCGCGUGCCUGCGAGGCCCCGGAGGGCGACCCCCGCCACCGCCCGACACGCCGCCGCUCAGCCCCGACGGCCCCGCGCGUCUGCAGGCACCCGGCCCGCGCGCCGCGUUCCCGCCCCCUUUUGGUGGCCCCGGCUACGGCGCGCCGGGCCCGGGUCUGCACUACGGCCCACCGGCGCCCGCCGCCUUCGGUCUCUUUGACGACGCGGCCGCGGCCGCCGCCGCCCUGGGCCUGGCGCCACCCGCCGCCCGAGGUCUGCUGACACCCCCCGCGUCCCCGCUGGAGCUGCUGGAGGCCAAGCCCAAGCGCGGUCGCCGCUCCUGGCCGCGCAAGCGCACCGCCACCCACACCUGCAGCUACGCGGGCUGCGGCAAGACGUACACCAAGAGCUCGCACCUCAAGGCGCACCUGCGCACGCACACAGGUGAGAAGCCCUACCACUGCAACUGGGAAGGCUGUGGCUGGAAGUUCGCGCGCUCAGAUGAGCUCACGCGCCACUACCGCAAGCACACGGGCCACCGGCCCUUCCAGUGCCACCUGUGUGACCGCGCCUUCUCGCGCUCCGACCACCUGGCGCUGCACAUGAAGCGGCACAUGUAGCCGGGACACCCCCGCCUCUCCGCGCGCGGCCGUGGCGGGUCCCACGUGCCGGGCACGGCCCUCCCAAACUGUGACUGUAUUUAUUGGACCCUGAGGACCGGGCUGGACUGUGUGGCCACGGAGGGGCUUCUGUCGCCGCCCCAGGACAAUGACAACGCCACCACCCCAGCCCCUAUCCGUGACUAAAGACCCAGUGGGAGAGGACACUAUCCUCUUCUCUUCGACGAGUUCUGUUUUCAAAAAUGGUGCAAUAAUUAAGUGUCCCCUUCCCUCCCACGGGUCGACACUAGAGGAUCGAGGCUUGAUGCUUCGUGAGAGAGAACAGCCUUCCUUUGUACUGUCUGCGGUAUUUUUUAUAAUAUUGUACAUAGUGACUGUGACAGAUAUUGUAUUACUGUACAUAAGGGAGACAGGCGGGCUUUUGGGCUGCCUCGUUUUUAUAAGGCGCUUUUUUUAAUUAAAAAGAAAAGUUUUGCAUCUUUUGAAAAAAAA